UAUUCAAUAAAGUAGUUUGUUUAAAUGAUUGCCACCUGUAAUAUUCCUCUUAAUAUACUAUGUGAAACCCACAGUCUAACCUUUUUUGUGUCAUCAUAUUACCAAUGGCUCUCCUAAUGCCAUAUGUAUUUUUUAUGUGUGAAAACACUCUUUCUUUCAGUACAUCACUGCUGGUUCUCUCACUGUUAGAGCCAAUAAGAAGCUCAGUCCAUGUUUGGUCAAAGCAUCACUGGUGAUGAAUAUCUUCAGCACAAUAACUGCAGUGAAUGCCAUCAUUUUGUUUGGUUUGGAUUUCAUCUUUAUAACAGACCCUAAUUACGGCUGUUUUGAUGACUAUAACUGCCACAGGAACAAUGCAUUAUUAAUGAGCAGGACACAGGGAAUUGCUGGAGUGAUGAUAGUGUUGUCUUUACUGGAGUUCAUUGUCUCCAUAUGUGUAUCUGCGUUUGCCUGCAACGCCACCUGCUGUUCUGACACUGAGCAGGUGGUAUACAGUUCAAGACAGGUGCCCCCCUAUUUUCCCACCUCCCACCUGCCUGCACCUCCACAGGGUACACAGAUGACUUUCUUCCCAACCAGUGUGGGUCCUCCUCUUCAAAACUGCAGUGCCGAUGGCAGAUGGCAGAAGUGGCAAAUCUGAAGAUCUGCCCCCAGAAUACACCACUACCCAAGAAUGAGUCAUGUAACAACAUUUAGAUUGACAGGGGAGGCUUUAUGUCUCAAGCAAAUGGUAACCUUGUGACUCUCUUUUGAAUAAUUUAUGUCUUCAAUACAUUCUUGAAGAGUAAGUGUGUGAAUGUAUGCAAGUAAAUCCAUUUCCAUAUACUCACUAUCAAUUGUAUGUAUUAAAUUGAAACUCUAGCUAACUAGCAAGCUCCAAGUGACUUGCUUUGCAUUCUAGGGUCUCAAUCAAUCAAUGCAACUAUUGGAGGGCAUCCUAUUAGCAAUGAGAACACAUCCUAUAAAGUCACCUUUACAUAUAGGAUUGAUAUGAGCAAACACAUAGAGGAAAGCAUAAUAUGAAUGAAAGUUGUUGUUUCUUUCUGUAAUCUCUAUGCAUUGAAUAUGUGAUUGUCGACUAUGAAUGUAUUAUAUAGGCCCACAUUACUUUGCCAAGAUGAAUAUGAAAAUGACUAAUAAUGUUGCUCUAUUGUCUUCAGCAUCAUACAGUAUCAUUUCCAUUUUAUUACACAUGUAUACUUACUUUAAUUAAAAUAAUUACAUCCAAUUAAAUAAUUGUUUCAAA